CGACAGGAAGAAGAAUGUUCAACAAAAACUAGAAGAAGUCGACACUCAUCGCUGUGAAUUUGGUUUAUCAUGCGCUGACAAUUCUCCGGUGUUUGUAUUGGCCACUGAACAGAACCGUGCGCUCGUCACGAAACCCCACUACUUCGUUGCUGUAGCAGCACGCAAACAAUCCGCCAGUUCCAUUGCCAUUCGACGGCAUUCCUUCCGCAGCUUGGAAUCGCUGGAUACUAUUCGACGGGCCUCUCUAUGGUGGCUCGCUACCUCUUCUCCGUAUUCCAACGCCUUGUCGACGUAGAAAAAGGAUUCGGCCCAGGAAGCGCAGAGAGCUUUUGGGUACCCAUUCUUCGUUGCUUCGCCGGCACCGAAUUCGCGUCGUGGAAGCUCGUUGUGUGUCGCAAAGAAGCCACUAUCGUUUUGUUCGCCACCACCGAUGCCGGCGCCGCCGUAAUAUUCCAGCGCUUGGCGGGGACACUUUAGCAUGCUAAGACAUCUUUUUUCGGUGAGGGCUUCGUGCACACAUUCUUCCCCUCGGUUGUUCCCGUAAACGUUGUAGCAACGGGAUCGUCGCUCCGAAUAGACCUUGCAAUCCGCCAUGGCACGAACGGAUGCCUCCCUCUUGCAACGGUGGUCGUUCUAUAGUUCCUUCCUCUCAACCCCACAAGUGCACGAGCUAUGCAGCGGCAUUCUUCUCUACAAUUUGAAUGGUUCGGUGGCCCCGCAUCCGACCCUGGAGGUUUCUCUACAAAAAUCGCCGGUCGACAAUCUGGAUGGUAUGCGCCCCUGCUCGUUUGCGAUUCCUUUCAGUUAUCAAAAGGAUAAGACUAUCAAACACGAUAAAGGGUUGCGGGGAGCAGAAGGGUCGAUUUUUGACGGAGGGUUGCAAUGCCCGUCCGGUGCCUUGCACUAUCGGCAAUUUUGUUGCGUAUGUUGAGACGAAAACAGAAUUUACCGUUAAGAACUCGUGCGAACUUCACUUGGACACAAAGGCCGUCCGCAGACAGAUUCAGACAGCCAACAGCAGAUAAGACUUCAAAGACGUACGGUAGGAUAUUGAUUGAAGAAGGCGAUGGAAGAAACCACAAGGAAGUACGAGUACCAGUAACCGUUCCAUAAUACGUACGCUCUUACUGUAUUUAUGUAUUCGUUUCAAAUUUCAAAUCCAAGUCAUAAAUCUAGCGUUGCGUUACGGUACCACCCAAUAGCGGAGUGAGGACGAAGGGUCAUCAUUAUCUACGGCCGGUCGCGGGAAAGCAAAACUGUGUUUAAAAACAAAACAAAGACCUCGGAAACUCUCUUACAGUACGGAAGCUACUGUAGUACGCGUGAAAGAACUGCUAGAUGUUUUACUACGUACGGUACGGUACGUACUGUUAGGUCGAGAACAUGAUACCCAAAAAUUACAGGUUCGCCAUGCGCAUUUUGGUACCGUAUGUUGGUACGUAAGUCAUUUGACAGUAGAUAAUGUACCGACGAGCGCACUGCACUUCAAACAAAUUCGCGUUGUCAAACCGAACGAAAUCGAAACCUCAUGCCCCGGCUUCCGGCUUUCUAGCCGCGGUCACCAAAAAUUUUCGAAGGCCUUUGUCCGCACGGUACUGUGAACAGAGGCAACUUCCAAGAACAUAAAAAAGAACAACAACGACGACACCACCAUUAAAACAACCCAACAAAGUUCGAAAGAAUCAUGUUGUCUGUUCUUGCUGCUGCACCAUUCUUGCUGUCGCUAUCGACGGUAACAGCCACAACCCCUGACCAUGUCUCGAGCCGCCUGAUGAUUCACGUGAGUUUGGAUGUGUUGAUGUGGUAGAGCAGAAUUUUCGUCUUUUAUUAGUCGUGCAUCUCUGCGUGUGUACAGCUCAGUACUGAUUCUACGGAAGAAGCAGUUUGACCCGAGGAAUAAGAACGUCGACGCAGCAGCCCUGUUUGGUUUGUGACCGGUAACCGCGUGGAUCGGAAAGACGUUACCGAAAGCCCCGGGCGUGGCCAAAAACCACAUUGUAUGGAAUCGGGUUCUUGUCGUUCUGGACGAGAACUCCAUCGUUGUCUGUUGCUACCAGAAUGAGCAGCGUAAGACGGUCAUGGGCUUCGCCCGUUCUGUUCCAGAAAUGUCUCGCGUGCAGCGGGUCUCCCUCCACCGUUCGGAAAAGAGGCACAAAGACCGCCGGGGAGUCGUCCAACCCCGCAUCCGCGAUAGACAACGCUUGAAUGACCAAUAUCUCACACCGCUGCAAAUCGGUCCUCUUUCUCUGAAAAAUGAUACCAAACGCACGCUCAAAUUUUCUUCCCACGGUUUUAUCGCUUCAAUAGGUCCCGCACAAACUCUUCGUAGCGGAAGGGUAUGACCACAGAGAGGCUCUCUUUGGAAUCCCACCAUACGGUGGAUCGAUCACGCAGAACGUUUAUUACGCCGACGACCAAUUGUGUGACCCAGUCGUCGACACCACGAAAGGAUACCCCCGUCGAGAAGAAGACGCGAAUGGCAAAAUGGAGGAAUGGAAGGCGCCGUACAUUCUCAUGGUAGACCGCGGCGACUGCACCUUUGUCAAAAAGGUAAGGAUCCAUUUCGUUUGAACGCUGCUAGUCGAAUCCAUCUCUACAAAAGAGUACAAUGAGUACACGACUGACACAAAGAUAUUUUGUCUCCUGUUUCCAUUUUUUUCCUCGACGAUUGUGAUACGUUCUCGAAUUAAUAGGUCCGCAAUGCCCAGCGUGCCGGUGCUGCCGGUGUUAUUAUUGCCGAUAACACCUGCCUUUGUUCAGAUGCUCGUUGCAUCGAACUUUCGGACAACCCUACCUGCGAAACGUCGGAGCCCAUCAUGGCAGACGACGGAUCUGGUUCGGACAUUUCGAUCCCGUCGAUGCUCAUGUUCAAACACGAUGCCGACAUGGUCAAGGAUCAACUCAUUGAGGACCAGCCGGUGCAACUAGAAAUGGCUUGGUCCCUUCCAAACCCCGAUGACCGAGUCGAGUACGAUCUCUGGACCACCCCCUCUGAGAAAACCAGCAAGAAAUUUUUGGAAGAAUUCAAACCCGUGGCCAAGGCUCUGGGGGACAGUGCCUAUUUCACACCUCACCAGUACAUCUACGAUGGGAUCAAAACCAACUGCCGAGGAAAUGAUGGGGAGAACUUUUGUUAUAAUUUGUGUACCAACAACGGCAGAUAUUGCGCAACCGAUCCCGACAACGACCUCGACCAUGGAAUCUCUGGUGCCGACGUAGUGAAGGAAUCCCUCCGUCGAUUGUGUAUCUGGAAGCAUUAUGGUGAAUCGGAUGGAAUCGGCGAAGUGUGGUGGGAUUAUAUCAUACAAUUCAUGGAUCGAUGCAACACACCCGACUACUUCAUGAACGAAGAUUGUGUCAACGAUUGCUACAAGCGCGCAAAGGUUGACAGGGACAAAAUCGAGAGAUGCAUGAGCGACAGCGGUGGAUUAAGAAAAGACAACAGCAACGCGCUGUUCGAUUCCGAACUCGAACUACAGGAGCAGAGAGGCGUUGUUGUCUUGCCCACCACAUUUGUGAAUACCGCCGCCAUGCGGGGACAACUCACCGUCGGUACCGUUUUCGGAGCCAUUUGCGCCGGAUAUGCCGAAGGAACCACGCCUGCCAUAUGUGAGACUUGUUCCAAGUGUUCGGAUGUUGUUGCAUGCGCCACGAAGGGCAAGUGCCAAGAUUCCGGAUCGAGUAGCGGACAGGUAUCGGCGCACACGUUUGGAUUCACGAUCGUCUUCAUGGCGAUGGCCUUUGCCGGAGCCGGAUACUGGCAUUAUCAAAAGACACGGGACGACAUGAGAGAACAAGUGCGAGGAAUCUUGGCCGAAUACAUGCCAUUGGAAGACAACGAUGCCGACGGCGGACCCGGUCCAAUGGAGUUUGCGAUGAGAGGCGGGAACACUCCGCUCUUUGCAUAAAGGGCACUUGCGAACGAUGAUUUGAAAGGAAUGGGGAGCAACUCUUGAACCCGCAGGUGUUCUUCCCGGAACAAUGAUUGGAAUGGAAAUACUCUUUGUCUCUGUACAAUAAAAAUGCACGGCGGGAUCAUUCUUCUUUACACACUUUAGAACACACCCAUCCAGGCAGAAUUUAUAAACGAAUAGCAUUUAUCGAUACCGCUAACAUCUGUGUUUU